AUGUUAUGUAGUAGUAUUGAAAGGUCUCCAUUAAUCAAUCCGGUUGAUGUUAAGAAGUUCCCUGUCAAAAGUAUUAUGUACAAUAGAGGAAUGAUCUAUGAUGGAGAGUUCGAACAAGAAGAAGAUACUUCUGAUUUAGGCGAAAGCUGAAAAGUUGAUUCGGAUGUUUUGGUGUCCAGGAAAAGUUGGCUGAUUUUUUUUUGGUAAACAUUUUAGGUUGACCUAAAAACUUUUUUGGGUUACUUUUGAAAAUUUACAAUUAUCACACAUUCAUUUUUGUAUUGUUUUGCCUUCCGACAAUUGCAGAUGUACCUCAGAAAACUUUCACUUAAUGUCUCAUACUCUACAUGAAUAUUAAACCAAUACGAAGUACAACAACAUAUGUAGGACUUAUUUCUACUGUCACUUACAUCGUAAAAACAUCUCCUCUUCAAUUUGAAAUAAAACCAACGACAAUCCUCAUGGUAUCCUACAUGCGUUCGUAAGCUUGCUAAAAUACUACUGCGUUGAUGUCCUCUUGUAGAAGCUGAAAUCCAACAAAUGCUUUGAUCCAUGCUACAUCUCCGUGUUGGAAAAGCCCUUUCUUCUCCGUUCAUGAUAACAUCUUGCCCUAUUCUACGCAAAUCUGUCACAUCUACUCUCAAACAAGACGCCACGCGUUCUACGAUGCGUCUACACUCCAUCCCCAUAUCGAGGUCGAUCUUGUUCGCCUGUUUUCGGCGUCUUGACGCCCGCUCAAUGCGAGCUUGUACCUCUGCACUCGCCGAGAUAUGGCCACCUGUGUAGCCACCGAAACGAUCUGAAGAAGUCGUUCCUUGAAGACUCCUUUCAGAGCCAUCGUUCCUCCGUCCCUUCCUCCCACGGCAUGUGUCGCAAGUUCAUCGAUGAACUCGUAACCCUCCUCUCCAAGGCGGCCAAAGCUUUCCACGGCUAAGGUGGUAAGUUUAAAGCUGCGUUCGUCAAAGGACACGUGUCCCGGACGAGCGUAGUGCUGACGCUUUCGCGCCUCGGAUGCUUGGGCUGCGAUUCCAUCGCUGGUCGCGCUGCCGUUCCGCAAGUGUACCUGUGCUUGCGGGUCUGCGUGUGUGACAUCGAGGAGUAUUCCUUUGUUGCGGUACCCCGGAGAAGAUGCGUUCGUGAGGGCUCCUGGCCUGAUGACGAUGUCCAUGCUCAGGUUUCUUUCCCCCGUGAACGGUGCCCCGCUUUCAACGUCGUGCUUGACGCGAAGGCUGUUGAGUGCUCUCGACAGUGCGUAUUUUAACGGCUCGUGCAUGUUGACCUGUGCUCCAUCCCUUGGACAGGAACGCGUGCCCCCCUUGCCCUUGCGAGCUUCUCGUUCGUGCGUAUGCCAUGUUCCUGGCCUCUUGACCUCCGUAGGGGUUGUCCCGCGUGGGUGGUACCGCCUCCUGGGGGAGGUGCUCCAGAGACUCCAUGAACUUUUCAAGUUGUAUCUUGUUAAUCGCCUUGCCCAGUUUGUGCUGGGCUUUCCUCGGCGUAGUAGAUUCCCCAUCGUGUGCUGCCAGUUCUGCAUCGGUGGGCUGACGCCUUCCGGUUUCUCCUGUCGGUUCUAAGGCCCAAUCAACCCAUGACGGGGGAAGAAUCACCUUCAGAAUCUCCACCGAUACUCCAUGCUCCUGGUUGAGUUCUUUGAUAGCGUCCCCCAUCCGCUCCACCAACACGGUUCCCGGUAUCCGAACUCUCACCGACUCUCCCAAUGGACCCCGUAACGCGGCUAUAACCGCAGGAAGGGUGCCGACUAGGUUGCCCAGAGAAGCUGAGAACCUUCGCAUAACGGCUGCUGGUAAUCCUAGUCCUCCGGCUCCUGUCGACAGGCGCCCUUGGGCUUGUUGAUAGGGCUUUAACUUGAAGCGGUCAGGCUGGCAGUCGUCUUGGAAGAACUCUUCUUCGACUUCGGUGUCUCUGAGCCCCAUCGUUGCCUCUAGGACCCACAUCACCAUAUUGUCCAGGCGUUCACAAGCCCCUCUCACUAGCUUAUGAUUGAUGCCUCUCUCGAUAUAACCGGAUCGCUGUGUCAGCGAUUGUGAUGUGACGAGGUGAGCCACCUGUUUGUCUGGCAUGCGCACCAGCAUGCGAGCAAGCUUGUCUGCACCCCCUUCAGUUAUCACUUUCAUUGCGAUAUCCUCGACGUAGGCAUCCGUCCC